CCACCCUCUUCACGCGCCACUCGAUGGCUCACAGUUCGACUUGUUCCAACCCAUAUCCUGAUGGAAACCCGGCGAGAUCCGCGGCAGUUCCUGUUCUUCAUAAUCCUCCUUCUCCUCAUCAACUCGCCUGAAACGCAACCCCCAAGUUACAACACGCGAUCGCGGUACGACGAGGUCAUCGAGCGUGAAUGGACCCACCUCGACAUUCUGAAUCAGACAAGAUGGGGCGACUUUGGUGACUUUAGGAAAGAGGAGGAAGGGUGGUUGAACGUUACUGGCUUGAGACAAGAAGAUGGGUUUGUUUGGGAGCUUCUGGGGGGCGUCAAAGAGAACAUGCGGGAGAAGGCGAGAAGCGUCCUUGGGGAUAGACCAGAAUUGUCCUCAGAUACAAAGCAGGAGAACAAUAUGGAAAUCGUCAGAUUGUAUAAAAACAUGACCGGCUAUGUUGAGGGGGAAUGGGCACGCUUAUCAUCAUCCCAAGUGCGCCACCCGGCCGACCUCAACCUUUCAACCAUCAUACCCGACAACCCGUUUCCGUUUGCCGAGUUCGAUAGGAAUUUGACAGGUGUAGGGGGCCCCGUGAGACUACAUCUUGCUGAGCUAGAAGGGAAAGCGCGGACAGACGAGAAUCGAACUGUGAGCGAGAUCCAGGCCAAAGUUGUCAUCGGGGACCAUGAAAGCUGGGGAGACAAUUGGUGGGAGUUCUUGGUUCAUGGAGUGCACUACCCUGAACUGGGGAGCGCGGUGUUGACCACUACGAGCGACAAGUUUGCUGGCAUCUUCGCACUCCCGCAUUUCCAGCUGUCGCCACUCCUAUACUCAUCUUCCCAAGCACUCCUCAACCGUACGAUUCAUGAGACCAUAGAUCGCCAAGUAAAUCGCAUGUACCCAAUUUGGAAUCCCUGGUCAUCGAGUGUUGAGGGAACCAAUGAUGGCGUGCUGGGCGCCACACACUGCGAACUGGUUCUCUAUCUACAGCAAUACGGUGUAGGAUUUCAAGGUGAACAGAACCCAAGGUCCCCGUUGUCAAAUAUCGACAUGGAUUGGAUCGAGCAUGAACUACGAUUUCCGGACGGGGGGCGGACGCCACUACGAUCACCUCUGACCAUGUCCAUGGUCGGGUUCUCCCCCGAUUGCGGGUUUGUCAUUGAGUCGAAAGGCCCACCCGAUUAUCCGCCCUCGAAAGCUGCUCAUCUCCAAGGUCUCAAGACGGAAGAGUUCAACGACCAGGCCAGGCAUGGUGUAUUAGCAUUUGCGGUCGCCCUGGCUGUCCAAUUGACGUUUCUGAUCAGGCAGGCAAAAGAGGCCGCUACACCAUCGACAAGGAAUCGAAUCAGUUUCUACACAAUUGCUAUGAUGGCGCUCGGAGAUGGAUUUGCUUUCCUUGCCCUGGUGUUUAUGCAUCUAUUCCUGGGUACAUCCCAGCUGGCCCUCUACGCCAUAGCAUUUCUAGCACUCUUCUCCGUGAUCUUGGAGCUUCGAUUCUUGAUGGAUAUAUGGGCUGUGCAAGUCACGGAACAAAUGCGUCAAGACAGGCAACAAGCCUCGACACCAUCUCCACCGAGCCCGCGGCCUGCUACCACACCGACACCGCCAGCGCAACCGACAGCACCUUUGACAGGCGAUACGCUUCCGCUUCCCGCAACGGCCAAUCGCGACCGUCCUUCAACACCCGUCAUUAUUUCAUCAGACCAAGACGAUAUCAUGGAGGAGCCGCCCACACCUCCUGCCAACCCAGCGAAUGCUCCUGCGGCGACCACUCCCGCUCGGGCCGAACUUGGUGCCCUUUACAGCCGGUACUGUCUCCUCCUAAUCAUCACAUUCUUCAUUACACUGCAAUUCACAACGGUGAGGUCCACGGCACGAGCAUUCUAUUUCAACAGUCUCUGUUUUGUAUAUGUGUCAUUCUGGGUUCCACAAAUCUACCGCAACAUUAUGCGCAACUGCCGAAAAGCUUUGCGAUGGGACUUUGUGGCGGGGCAAAGCAUUGUACGGCUGCUGCCGGUUGGGUAUUUCUAUGGUGUUGAAGGCAAUGUGCUGUUCUCCAAGACGGAUUGGAAGGCGCUCGCGGUACUGGUAGGAUGGGUUUGGGUGCAGAUGGUGGCAUUAGCAAGCCAGGAGGUUCUAGGGUCGAGGUUUUUUGUGCGGGAAGGAUGGGCGCCUCCAGCGUACGAUUACCAUCCCAUUCUUCGCGAAGACGAGGAAGGCGAUACGAUGCCCAUCGGGUCGUCUUCCACGGCGUCUGCCCUUGAAGGAGACGAGUCGACGACGGAAGAAUCGGCACUACAAGCCGGCGAGUCCAAGAGCAAAGGCAAGAAGAUAUUCGACUGCAGCAUCUGCGCACAGGAUAUCGAAGUGCCGGUGAUACCUGUUGGGGGAGCAAUGGAGGGACAGGGGCUGGGAGGAUUAACGUUGCAGCGGCGAGUAUAUAUGGUUACGCCCUGCAGACAUAUAUUCCACACGGCAUGCCUGGAAGGUUGGAUGCGGUAUCGGCUACAGUGUCCCAAUUGCAGAGAGAUAUUGCCGCCGCUGUAG